AUGAGCGCGAUCCUGUCAGCAGACGACUUGAAUGAUUUCAUCUCGCCGGGGGUCGCGUGUAUCAAACCAGUUGAAACACUUCCACAGAAAUCGACAGCGAAUCAAGAGCACACUUAUGAAGUGACAACGGAAGACAAAGUUCAGCCCGAGGAUCUACCACCCGCCCAGAUUUCUUUAACGGACUGCCUCGCGUGCUCUGGCUGCGUUACCUCUGCCGAAGCAGUGUUGAUUUCACUCCAGUCUCACGCAGAGGUUCUCAAUGUCCUUGACGCUUACCCAGAAAUUCCUUUGACGCAUGAGCACCAUGGAACGGCAAUCAAUGAAUUCGAAGACUCCGGAGAGAGCAAGAUCUUUGUGGCCAGCGUCAGCCCACAAGUCAGAGCAAGUCUGGCAGCAGCCUACGGAAUUUCAGAGAAAGAAGCGGGGUACAUAGUCGACCAGUUACUCAGUGGUCCGCAGGGCUUGCGAAGUGGAGGCAAACACGGCAGUGGGUUUACCUGGGUUGUAGACACCAAUGCUAUGCGGGAAUCCGUGCUGGUGCUCACCGCAGACGAGGUAUCGGACUCUCUCGACUCGCAGGACUCGACGGCAGCGGGCCAGACAGAUGACUCUCUUGCCAAACGACCUAUAUUAUCAUCAGCAUGUCCUGGGUGGAUUUGUUACGCUGAAAAGACACACCCUUUCAUUCUUCCACACCUUUCUCGACUCAAGUCCCCACAGGCUCUGUCGGGUACAUUCCUCAAGACCGUUUUGAGCAAGUCCCUCGGAAUUCACCCUUCUCGGAUAUGGCAUUUAGCAGUCAUGCCAUGCUUCGACAAGAAGCUGGAAGCCAGUCGAGAGGAACUCACAGAUGUGUCAUGGCGACACGAAGAUACAUCGGACUCUGCAGCACCGCCAGUUCGCGACGUAGACUGUGUGAUUACUGCUCGUGAGCUUCUGACUUUAGCUUCGUCUCGGGGAACCUCGUUGCGAACCCUGCCCUUGCAACCUCUACCCUCAUAUUUUACCCCACCCUUCCCCGAGAGAAGCCUCGAAUCUUUUGUCUCCAAGGUAUCUCGCGCAGAACAAUCGCUUGCCACAGGUACCUCUGGAGGUUAUCUGCACCAUGUCCUCAUGAACUUCCAAGCUCGCAACCCGGGCAGUGAACUUGUGAUCAACCGCGGACGCAACGUCGAUGUUGUAGAGUACGUGCUCAUGUCCCAAGAGAAGCAACCCAUCUUAAAAGCGGCUCGCUACUACGGCUUCCGAAACAUCCAGAACCUCGUACGGAAGCUCAAGCCCGCGCGAGUAUCGCGGCUUCCCGGCGCAAAACCCACCGUCAGACCCGCCGCAGGUCGGCGCCAGCCGGUGUCCCGCAAUGUUGCGUCCACAGGCGGCUCGGGAUCGGACUAUGCCUAUGUGGAAGUCAUGGCCUGCCCUGGUGGGUGCACGAACGGCGGUGGCCAGAUUCGAGUGGAGGAUGCCAGAGAGGUCCUUGGUCCUUCUCAGGGAGAGCCGCUAGAUGCGUCUAUCAAGCCAUCACCACACGAGCAGCGUGCAUGGCUUGCUCGUGUUGACGAGGCAUACUAUUCCAUGGAAUCUGAGUCCGAGGCUGAGAUGGAGCCCGAGACUCGACUUCCAUUAGCUAAAAAGGAGGCCAAAAUUCACGAUGACUUGCAGCGCUGGUCAGACUAUAUGGAUAUCCCGCUCUCCAAGCUCGUCUACACUACCUACCGCAAGGUAGAAAGUGAUGUUGGCAAGGAUCAAACACCGGCCAACGAUACUAGUCGCGUUGUGGAGCUUGCAGGCAAGAUUGGGGGCGGUUGGUAG